CGACCAGCAUAACAUCAGUCGUGAAUGGUCUGUGAACAAGAAUUACAACAACCGCCAUUCGAAUCGUCAUCGUAUUGACAAACCACGUGCAAUACGAUUUAUUUACAUUCGAGUCCCGCCGUCAAGACAUCCGACAUGCACGUGAACAUUGCAGUCGUCCUGUUCGCCGUGGCGACGCUUCUCCAGCAGUCUCAUUGUAUACCAACGCAUCGUUAUGUUAGAGAAACAGCUAGAGAAGGGGAGGAUUGGACAGCCAGAAUCAAAGAAUACUUAAACAAGAUUCCAGGCUAUGGAUCAGUAUCUUCUGAAUCACAGUCACCGACGACAAGUCAGCCAGAAACAUCAACGUAUCAGCAAGGUGCCGCCGCAGGAUCUGCAUCGGCUGCAUCCGAGAUACACUCUUCAGUCGCUACUAAAGAAGGAUCCACAUCUUCGUCCGGAUUCCCAUCCUACACAGACUACAUGCCGAGUCAAUUUGGUCAAUUUGGUCAAUACCAGAACAACAUGCCUAAUCUAAGUCAAUUUAGCGAAUAUCAAAAUCAAUUCGGUCAAUACUUUAAUUCCAAACCAGGUAGUUCCGGUGCUGCUGCUGGUUCUGCUGGAGCCGCAUCUACACCAGAAGCUUCAAUAGCUGCUAAAGAAGGAAGUACUUCUUCAUCUGGAUUCCCAUCCUACACAGGUUACAUGCCGAGUCAAUACCAGAACAACUUCCCAAGCCCAAGUCAAUUUAGCCAGUACCAGAACCAAAUUCCUCAAUCGAUGAACCCUGGUCAAUAUUUUAAUUCAAAACUUACUAGCGCAUAGAGUGAAUGUUGUUAUAGGUCAAAAAAAAUCAGCUGGCACCCUAUAGGUUUAAGGACAUGUUUAAUUUACUUCAACGUAUGUACCAACACGUAUAUAAAAUAAAAUGUUUGUAAUAUUCUCUUA